CAGGAUCUCCCGUGUCCACACCCGCGGUGUUGUCUGACGGGUCCGAUAAAUAUUGUUCCCUGAUGGAUUGGAGGCUGAGGGCAGAUGGCAUGCUGCUGUCGCCUAACCAUUGGCGCAGUCAAUCUCCAACCCCUGCCGUUCCCGGUGCGCCUGCAGGCUGCAGCGAAAGACAGCCAUGGGGCCCAUGAUGAUUGCGAGCGGACCAAUCAUGCUGUUGCCUCGCACUAGAAAAGGUGAGGGCGCGAGAUUAUCUCGGAUUGUGCUGACAGGUGGUGCAAUAGAGUUCGUUGACCAUAGGGCAUGUAUAAGAAAGACUUCCAGGGAGCGCGUCCAGCAACGUGAAAAGAGCUGCCCAUUCACUCACACAUAUCCUUCACGGCGACACGGCUGUGCACGAUCACACGAUGUUAUCCCUGCCGAAGAUUGUUCUCCCGUUGCUGGCCAUUGCACACACAUGCACGGCCGGCUGGCAACAAACAUCCUAUGUUACUCUUCCCAGGGUCACAACAUUCCGGACAGUCAACGACGAAUCCAAAACCGUCACGGUCACGGCAGCCGUCACGGUCUCCCAGGUCGCCGUCGAAACCGUCGUUGGGAACCGCUACUUGGGUUAUAACGGAGCCGGGAAAUAUAUCACCAUCAACGUCACCACGACCAACAGCAUCCUCCCCCCUGGUUUCGCCGUCCCCACCAACGCGCUUCCAACCCCCUCCACCACAGGCACACCCUUCAUCCAGACGCGGUACUUCGUGCCGCUGACGGUGUCCAACCCAACCUUCUGCAGCAACACCCAGUUCCGGUACACGGAAUCCGCCCGCGUCAGCGUGCCCGCCGAGCUGCGGUCGCAAGCCACCAACACGGACUUGGCCACGCUGGUGACCACCUACGCCUACACCAGCACCGACGGCAGCGGCAAGGCCGUCACGACGUCGCUCUGCGACGUGUUCCUCCACGCCAGCGUCGUGGGGGAGCCCAACGGCGUGGAACCGACCAUGACCGCCGUCGUCGAGGGUGGGGGUUACCUCUACGACUGCGAGGAUCCGCGACGCCGCGUGUGCACCGGGUCCGGGCAGAACCAGGACGCGACGGGCUCUGGCGGGUGUGACGGCGUGUACCCGCCCACGGCUGUUAGGCACGAGGCUGCUCCCACUAGUACUGGUAGUAGCGUUGCCUCCUCGGGCGAGGGGGCGCCGAAGCCGAGUGGAGCUGGGAGCUGGAGGGAUCUGAGAGAGCGGUGGGGAUUGGUGCUGCCCGGUGUGAUUAUUCUGCUUUCGCUCUCGGCUAGGUGUUGACACUGUUGAGGAAUAGGAUGGUUAUCUAUGCUGUUGUCGGUGUUCCGGGUUAAGUAAUAAUGAGGGAAACGGUAUAGAUGAUAGAUUAUGUAUACUAGCACCAGUCAUCCUUCAUGAAUAUAUUGUACGUAUACAAUGC